UACAAACUAUCUAAAUUUUAUUUCAUCCUACUAAUAUGCAAUGCAAAUUAAAAAUAAUUAAUGUUCAAAGUUUCUUUAAUUUGACCCUAAAAUGUCAAAAUGGGGCGAGUCAGUAAUUUUUACAUGGUUUUUGUGACUUUCGAUUCGGUUUUCUAUGUUUCAUCCCAGCCCUACUCUUAUCCACUCCCAAACACCAUAAGUGGUUUGAGACUUCAAACAGAUAGUGUGGGAGGAACAGUAAUGGGUGCUUUACAGUGCUUCCCGGCGCCCUCAGCAAAGCCAUGCUCUGCUAUUUCGAAGAAAGGCCCACAUAUUGGGUUCUCCCUCUUCUCAUCCAAGCCGUCCGUUCAACUCUCACCACCCCUCAUCCGGACCCACGGGAUGACCCACGCCCGCUUCCAAUGUAAGGCAGCGGCUAUCCCCGCCGAGCAGCAGUGGAUGUUUGACGAGACCGAGUUCAAAGGGCCGGAUAUUUGGAAUAAAACAUGGUAUCCAAAGGCUGUUGAUCAUGUGAACACAGCAAAACAGUGGUAUAUUGUUGAUGCCGCUGAUAAGAAACUCGGAAGAUUGGCAUCAACAAUUGCGUAUUAUAUUCGAGGAAAGAACCUAGCAACAUACACUCCAAGCGUUGAUAUGGGUUCUUUUGUUGUUGUGGUGAAUGCUGAGAAGGUAGCUGUGACUGGAAAAAAGAGGACACAAAAGAUCUACCGGCGACAUUCAGGAAGGCCUGGUGGGAUGAAAGAGGAGACUUUUGAUCAGCUUCAGAAGAGGAUCCCUGAGAGGAUCAUUGAGCAUGCAGUCCGUGGAAUGCUUCCGAAAGGAAGGCUGGGGAGAAACUUGUUUAACCAUCUUAAGGUGUACAAAGGAGCAGAACAUCCUCACCAGGCACAGAAGCCAAUCGAUUUGCCAAUACGUGACAAGAACAUCUACAUGUUGAGUUGAUACUGCGAGAAACACUCCUCGGACGUCAUUGAAGAUGUUUCUUUCUUCUUUAAUGUUGAUAUUGUAUUUCUGGCUUUUAACACCCCUAUUGUACUUUGUAGGACACGGGCUUUCUUUAUUUGUAUUUAUCAGAAUGAGGGUGUUAUGGGGAAGAUAGCUCUUUCAACUGUUUAUUGUCUUUGAUCUCUUUUGCAGUGAAUGGUUGAUGUCCUAUUGAGCCUUAGUGAAUACUGACUUCUUUUAAUUCAGCAUAGAUUAAAUUGUCAUGUCACUA